UCUCGUGCAAUUGGCAACGUAAAUAUCCCUCUCUGCUUGCUCAUCUUUCUUUAGAAACCAACAUCCCCACGAAAUCCAUGCACUCAAGAUUAAUCUAUCUUGUCUGAAGAGAAAAAAUUUUUUCUUACAUCUCAUCUCCAAUAUAUAUAUAUAUAUAUUUGGAUUUGGCAUCCAUUUUGCUUAGCCACAAUGUCUACCGCCACAACAUCAAAACUGGAAGAGAACCCUGUUGUUAUAGCGUCUGUAUCUCCAUCAUCGCCUUCACAGAAUACACAAAAAUGGCCUACAAACCUUAUGCAAGUGCUACUUUUGGAGCUGAAAAUACAACGAGGAAUAACGCUUCCCUUGUUAGCCAUGAAUUUGACAUGGUUUGCCAAGAUAGCUAUCACGACUGCUUUCCUGGGACGGCUUGGACAGCUUCCGCUAGCUGGUGGCACUCUUGGUUUCACUUUUGCUAAUGUCACUGGCUUCUCUGUUUUGAAUGGGCUUUGUGCUGCCAUGGAACCUAUUUGUGGUCAAGCGUAUGGAGCUAAAAAUUUUAGGCUACUCCAUAAGACCCUUCUCAUGACAAUUUUCUUGUUGCUACUGACGACUCUGCCUGUGUCUUUCUUGUGGCUUAAUGUUGACAAAAUUCUCAUCCAUUUUGGCCAGCAGGAAGAUAUUUCUCAUAUUGCAAAAACCUAUCUUUUCUACCUUCUUCCGGACUUGGUUAUAACUUCGUUGCUUUGUCCUCUCAAAGCCUACUUGAGCUCUCAAGGUGUAACCGUUCCUAUAAUGUUUAGCUCAGCUGUAGGUUUAGCUUUGCACAUACCCAUCAACAUUUUUCUUGCAAAAGCCAAGGGUCUUGAGGGGAUCUCCAUGGCUAUAUGGAUAACAGAUGCUAUAGUCGUGAUUCUACUAGCUUCAUGCGUGUUGCUGAAGGAAAAUGGUAAGGGAGGGAAUUGGAAGGAGGGAGGAUGGUUAGACCAAGGCAUUUAUGACUGGCUCAGGUUGCUAAAGCUUUCUGGACCAUGUUGCCUUACCUCCUGCCUUGAGUGGUGGUGCUGGGAGAUAUUGGUCUUGCUAACAGGGCGCUUGGCGAAUGCCAAGCAAGCAGUGGGAGUGUUAGCCAUUGUGCUAAACUUUGACUACUUGCUGUUCUCUGUGAUGCUCUCGCUGGCAACUUGUGCUUCAAUUCGGGUGUCCAAUGAGCUUGGGGCCAAUGAAGCAUGUCCUGCUUACCAAGCGGCAUAUGUUUCUUUAGCCGUGAGUUUUAUAUCAGGUUUUAUUGGAGCCUUGGUGAUGGUAGCAGCUAGAGGUAUUUGGGGGCCUCUGUUUAGCCAUGACAAGGGCAUUAUAAGAGGUGUAAAGAAGAUGAUGUUGUUAAUGGCUUUGGUGGAAGUGGUAAAUUUUCCUCUAGCAGUAUGUGGAGGUAUUGUCCGGGGGACUGCUAGGCCAUGGUUGGGUAUGUACGCCAAUCUUGGAGGAUUCUAUCUUGUGGCCUUGCCAACAGCCGUGCUUUUAGCCUUUAAAGCCGGGCUGGGGCUGGGCGGGUUGCUGUUAGGUUACCUGGUUGGAAUCGCUGCUUGCGUGACGUUAUUGGUGUUUUUUGUUAUGAGGAUUAACUGGGAAGUAGAAGCAGACCAGGCACAAAAACUAGCAAUUGACGUGCAAGAGAGCAUUGAAGGAAGAGAAGAUCGCAGAACUAGUGCAACAGUGACUGAUGCUAACGCAUGAGAAUAACUUGCCAACAUUUGUUUUGUUUGAACUUCUAGCAUCUGUCGCCAUCAUCAUGAAUGAUUCACCUCGUACGACUAGGAAAAUAUGAUUAAUGAGGGGAACAUAGUGAUCCCAAAGAGGUUUUGUAAAGCUGUAUCUCUUGGAGGAAAACUCGAAAUGAAAUUCUCCAACAUUGAGCACUUUGUCCAUUCCCA